AACCAGUCUGAAGAUAUUUGUUGAAUUAAUGGUUUAGUUGGGAACCAGGCCCCUUCUUUACUAGUCCGCUACUAACUACGGAAUAAUAUGCGCCUGCUUAUAAAUAAGUCUUGCGAAGAGGCAAGUUUGCUUGACCUCAGCGAGGUUCUGAGACCGGAGCCCGCUCUCAAGGAUAAAGAGGCCUUUAGAGAUUAUACAAAGGAAGAUGAGAUAGGAGAGCGAGUGAAGAGAACCUAUUAUGAAAUGCACACUCAUCAAACUGUUGCUUUUGUUCAGGAGAAAAGGGAUUUAUGGAUGAAAUUUAAUCAUAUGGAGGCAACUGUCAUGGAAGCACUUGAGAUGUUGAAUAAUCUUGUGGAUGAGAGUGAUCCUGAUCUUGAUCUUCCAAAUAUAGUUCAUGCUUUUCAAACAGCUGAACGAAUCAGAGCUGACCACCCUGAUGAUGACUGGUUUCAUCUGGUUGGACUGAUUCAUGAUCUAGGGAAGGUUAUGGCUUUCUUCGGAGAACCUCAGUGGGCGGUUGUAGGAGAUACUUUUCCUGUUGGUUGUAAACCUCAGAAAUCCAUUGUUUUCGGGGAUGAAAGCUUCAAGAAAAAUAAGGACAGAAAUGACUCAAGGUACAACACGAGGCUAGGGAUCUAUCAGGAGAACUGCGGGAUUAACAACGUAAUCAUGUCCUGGGGACAUGACGAGUAUCUUUAUCAGGUGUUGUUGCAUCACAUGAAGAAAUGUGGAACAAGUAUUCCUGAUCCUGGAUUAGCGGCAAUCAGGUUCCACUCCUGCUAUCCCUGGCAUACCGGCGGGGACUACACCUAUCUCAUGGAGAACAGCGACAAGGAGAUGUUGAAAUGGGUUCUUGAAUUCAAUGCGUAUGAUCUGUACACGAAGAGUACUAGUGUUCCUGAUAUAGCUGCCUUGAAGCCCUACUAUCAAUCAUUGAUUGAUAAAUAUUUACCUGGAAUAAUUUCGUUUUAGAGGAAGACGACCUUCGAAAUAAAUUUCAAUACAGAAGCUGCCAAUUAACACAGUUUCUUUUUUUACUUGUAAACUUGUUACUUGAAAGAACCUUGGUAAGAAUUAAACUAUAAACAGAAAA